AUGCCAAGCGGAGGAGAUCCGGGGACCGCCUCAGCCAAGGGGAAGGGAAAAGGAAGCGGCUACAAAGAGAAUGGCGAGAAAGAGAGGCCAUCAGACGAAGUCUUGGCGGCUGAGCUGUGCGAGGCAAUUAACGGUGGCGCAACCACCCAGGCAGAGGCUUUGUUCAGUCGCCUUGACGUGGAGCUGAGGAAGCAGGACUCGCUUCGCCUGCAGUGCCGGGCGACGCAGGAGGACGCUGCCGCCGUGGCAGCUCCUGCCUCAAUGCUCAAGGUGCAGCGCCUCACCGAGCACGGCUGCUCCGUGCUAUGCUUGGGCUGCCCUGAAGGCAUGCUGUUCGGCAUUGACUACGCAGCCUGGACUGUUGGGCCACAGUUUAUGGGAGUGAAACUUGUCCCUCCUGGCCUGCAUUAUGUCUACAGCAGCGCAAGCUCUACUGAUGUGGGCAUUGCUCGGACGGGCUUCUUCCUCUACAUGAGGCCAAAGGAUGUGGCAGUGUUCCGAUGGGACGUGGAGAACGAAGAACUAUCCAGACCGGACAGUCAAGAUGAGGAGGCCAGAUAUGCUGAUGGCGUCCGCAGCUUCGACUUCGACCGAAAUCUAGGCCCCUAUCCGUUAGAGCUUCGAGAGCAAUGGGCGGAGCUGACUAGACAUGCUACGGCUGAGCUGGUGCAGAAGGUUGAGCCGGUUUCUGGCAGGGUGAGAUCUAGACGCGCCGAGUACGACGCCAAGGCCAAAGAUGAGCCGGAAGUUGUCGAUGCGACGCUAGCGAUGGAGUCCAACACGGGCUCGCUGUUUUUCACAUCAGUGCCAAGAAUUCGGAGAAAGGCGGGAAACGCAGCAGAGACCACGCGGCUCCACAUGGACCGCACUGCGCAGCUAGAGGAGAUGAUCUCCCAGGCGUACUCGGGCAAUGAGUUCGCAAUUCUGGGGGAGCUGCAGCUCGCCUACAUCGCCUUCCUGCUGGGGCAGAAUUUUGACGGUUUUGAGCAGUGGCGAGCCCUGCUGCAGCUGCUGUGCAGUUGUGAGGAGGCUGCCAUGAGGCGCACAGAGCUUUUCGCGGAGCUUCUGCGAGUCUUUUUCGCGCAGCUGAGUCAGGCGCCUUCAGAUCUCUUCGGCGACGAUCUGACAAAGGACAACUUCAUGGGAAGCUGUGCGCUUUCCCUCCUGGAAAUUUGUGAGACGGACGCCCCGAAGCUCCAGAAACGCUGUGCCAAACUGCGGCAGCUGGUGGAAGAGAAGUUUGGCCUCUCCACAGAGGACCUAGCUCUGCUGGGUGAAGAUGCGCCGGAAAUCGUGGAUUUCCAGGCUGACAGAAUGGACUGA